UCGACUGCGGUGUCAUUGUAUUUGUCAGCAGUCGACAGGUAAGGAACGAAUUAGCGACACGUACCGAGUAAGAAGUUAAGAACCAGGGCAAAAUCCGAGAAUUCAAAACCGCCAUGACAAUCCAGCUGUACGUUGAUCUGAGAUCCCAGCCAUGCCGUGCUGUGGUCAUGUUUCUGAAGCUGACGGAUAUUCCACAUGAGCUUCAAUACAUCGACAUCUUUGCGGGCGAGCACAAGAAGCCAGAGUUCGCAGACAAGUUCCCACUCGAAACACUUCCAGGACUGAAAGAUGGCGAUUUCUACCUCGGUGAAAUGGUGGCCAUAUUCCGUUACCUGAUUAACAAGUAUGCCGACAAGAUUAAGGAUAAUUGGUACCCUAAGGACAUGAAGUCCCGUGCACGUGUGAAUGAGUAUAUCGCCUUUCAUCAUACAGGCACUAGGGGCAAGUGUAUGGCACUCUUCGUGGCUGAGGUAUUUGAUCCUGUUGUAGAUCAGGAAAAAGUCAAGACUGAGGCAGAGAAUCUCAAGCAAGGUCUGGACAAGAUCGAGGGGAGUUUCCUGAAAGAUAAUGACUUCCUCUGUGGCAACGAAAUAUCAAUCGCGGAUAUCAUGGCUGUUUGUGAGUUUGCGCAGUUCACCGUGAACGGUCGUGACAUCUUUAAAGACAACCCAAAGAUGAAGGGGUACAUGGAUAGAGUGAAGGCUUGUCUCCAGCCAGCUUUCGAUGAGAUCAUUGUUAAGUUAUAUGAUUGGAGAGAUUCGCUUGCGAAGUAGACCUUCCGAAGAUUGAGAUUGUGACACGUUCUGCUUCUGAAAACAAAUCUUCAUUUCGUACUGUCAUUAUAAGACCCAUUUCAUACUACAAUCCUAACAUCAGGAUUCAGCCAACAUCGCGAUUUUAUCAAUGGCGAAGUUUCAAGGCUAAGCCCUGCACCGUAAAGGCUCAUACAGAUAUGACGCGGAAAAAACAGCCGCAAACAAAACCGCCGUUGUUUUUUAAGUAUACACGGCAAGAAUGGUAACUACGCGCAACAAAAGACUUGCGCGUAAACUUGAUUGUAAACUUCUCCAAUACCCCAUGUGGGUGACAUGAGAAUAAAUUGUCACUGUCAUUGUCAUUGUCACUGAACUUUAUGUCAUAAUGCAGAAAUGUGACGCGUAUUGUACUUUACGGCAACAUAUUAAAACAAACGCAGCGGUUUUGUCGUUUCUUAUCUGAAGGGGGUUUAACAGCGUAUUUAUAAUAAAAUUGAAGUGCGAUGUUUGGAUUGUAGUGCAAAUUGUAAUAUUUAUUGUUAUAUCUGUGUAUAUUCUUAUACUACUUUUGUAUAUGUCAAUUGAACAAUUUUUUAUAAUGGCAUUAUAUUUAUUCAGUCUGUUCCCAGCUUCACUCAACCAAUGCAAUUUUUGUUUCUUGGGGGUUCAUCUUUUCAUUUUGUAUUUCCAAUGGAAAAUACAUGUAAAACAAAAUAAAAUGUAAUAAAAUUAACUUGCAUGAUCAAAUAUAAUAUAUUAACAAACAUAUUAGGUUUUUACAAUUUGAUAUUGGCGUCUUUUGAUUGCGAUAUUACCUACACUUACAAGCCUGUGAAGGCAAUUAGCACAUGGGCUAAUAAUUAAACUUGAUGGAUCCGGCUGACGCAUCAAAAUGACAGAUCGUAUGCAGACAUGCGUUAACCAAUAAACAGUGACACAUCUCCAAAUACAUUUUCAAUUUUACUUGCAUUUGGUAGACAAUCUUGAGUUUAUAUUGUAAAUCCUUAUUCUUUAAUAAAGUCUAUAAUUGAGAAAACAA